GCUCUGUUCCAUGGGGUUAUAGUACAAUCGUCGAACAAACCGACUGACCGUGGUUGACACCUACCCAGCGACUGCUGACUCUGAUUCUGUGGCUCAGAUAAGAUCUGUGAACUGCAGAUCUCCUCAGCUGGAGGAAGGAGCCUGUGCAGCGAUGGAUCUGUUGGGGAGCACCACCGUCUUCCUGGUCAUCUGCCUGGUCCUCCUGUUGGCAUGGAGGUCGGGGUCCAAGAGGAAAAACAUGCCCCCUGGCCCAACACCCCUUCCACUGAUUGGGAACCUCUUACAGCUGAAGGCUAAGAACACUUUGGGACACCUGCGAGAGAUGAGUGAAAAAUACGGGCCUGUCUUCACGGUGCAUUUCGGCUCAGAUCAGGCGGUGAUUCUCUACGGUUACGACGUAGUGAAGAAGGUUCUGAUCGACCGCGGAGAUGAGUUCCUUGACCGAGGAAGCUUCCCUUCAGCGGACAAGACCAACCGAGGACUAGGUAUCCUCAUGUCCAAUGGCGAGCGCUGGGUCCACCUCCGCCGCUUCUCCCUCACAACCUUGAGGAACUUUGGAAUGGGCAAGAAAGGCAUUGAGGAACGGAUCCAGGAGGAAGCAGAAUACUUGAUGAAGGAGCUCAGGGCCCAAAAGGAGCAGCCCUUCAACCCAGCCAUCCUGUUCAGUUGCGCUACUGGCAAUGUGGUCAGUCACAUCCUCCUUGGAGAACGAUUUGAUUACCAGGAUGAGGAAUACCUCCAGAUCAUCCGCCUGCUGAUUGAUAGUUUUCUGUUGGAGAGUUCUGUUGCAGGGCAGCUCUACAACAUCUUCCCCAGGAUCAUGGACUAUUUGCCUGGUUCUCACCAAACGUUCUUCAAAAGCAUCCAUGGUAUCCAGGCCUUCAUAGCCCAGAAGGUGAAAGAUCACGAGAGAAGUCUGGAUUCCAGUGCUCCUCAGGACUUCAUAGACUCCUUCCUCCUCAAAAUGAAGCAGGAACAGCACAACCCCAAGACUGAAUUUACGAGAGAGAACUUGAUGAUGUCUGCUUAUGACUUGUUCAUCGCUGGGACAGAGACAACCAGCACCACCCUGAGAUACAUCCUCAUGGUCUUGCUUGAGCACCCAACAGUGCAAGAAAAGAUCCACCAGGAAAUAGACCAAGUGAUAGGACAGGAACGGCCCCCCGCCAUGAAGGACCGUCCUGAGAUGCCUUACACGGAAGCUGUCCUCCACGAAGCCCAGCGCUUUAUUGAUCUCAUACCCUUAGGGGUCACCCGUGUAGUGAAACAGGACGUGGAAAUCGAGGGCUUUACCAUCCCCAAGGGUGCCUCUGUCUACCCCAUCCUGAGUUCUGCAUUGCAUGACCCCAAGCAAUAUAACAAUCCAAAUCAGUUUGACCCAGAACAUUUUCUGGACAAAAACGGGAACUUCAAGAGGAAUGGAGCUGACAUGCCUUUUUCUGCAGGAAAGAGGAACUGUCUGGGUGAAGGGCUGGCCCGAAUGCAGCUCUUUUUAUAUCUCACCACCAUCCUGCAGAGUUUCCAUCUCAAACACCCUCCAGGAGUCGCCAAAAUUGACCUCGCCCCAGCUGUCAGUGGCUUUGGGAAUAUCCCGUGCCAAGUCCCCUUCUGCUUUUCUCCACGCUAAGCACUGCCCUCGCCUCUGGUGGCACCCCUUGCGCACUCAUAAGGGUAUCAAGUUGUGAUGAUGAUGAAUAAUUAUUAUAGGAGUGAAAUUGGGUGAGGCACACUUUCCAGAAGCGGUUUGCAAACAAUCUCGUCCUAAUUGCGUGUAAACUAAAGCAGAUCAAUUGCUCCUUUUCUCUUUACAAGCGCUAGGGGGCUUUAGCGACAGGAGCCAAGGCCCCGGUCGGCCACCUACGUGUCACCAAAAAAGAGGGCAAAUUGCACCGAAUCCGCAUUGUGCUGAUUUAAUUGCAUAGAUGCAAAUUUAGACAUUGAAAUAGAAAUACAAUCUAUUUUACCAUAGUUAAGAAGGCUUUGAGCAGGGCUGCACGGGCACCACACAUUUAAAGCCCAUUUCUCCCCAAAAAAUUCUGGGCACUCAGAGGGCUACAGUUCCAAGCACCCUUAACAAACUAUGGUUCUAGGCUGGCGGGAGGAUGUACUUCAGAUGUAUGGUGUGCAAGCAGCUGUGAUGGGCUGCCAGGAUUCACCAGUCCUGUGGCCCCUGGCCUUGUAAGGCCCCAAUCCACACCAGCAGGCAACACCCAGGCAAUGACUCUUGAGGAGACCUCAUUUGGACACUGCCCAGAGACUUCACCUGUGGGAGAAGGGUGGGGCAUUCUCCCUCAGCUGCCCGAGGAUAGAGAAGGAACCCAGCUGUUGCGUCGUAGACAAAAAGAAGUGAGGGGAGGCAGGGAAGAUGUAAAAGGCCUCAGAGGUAGGGAGGGAGGGAGCUCUGUGGAGAGGUAGGGCCUCGGCUGAGGUUGGGGAAAAGCGGCCCCUACUUCUCUCAUCAGGCUGUUCUCUGAAGAGCUUUUGGGUGUGGCCAGAGCCAGUGUGGUGUAGUGGUUAAGGUGUUGGACUACGACCUGGGAGACCAGAGUUUGAAUCCCCACACAGCCAUGAAGCUCGCUGGGUGACCUUGGGCCAGUCACUGCCUCUCAGCCUCAGAGGAAGGCAAUGGUAAACCACCUCUGAAUACCGCUUACCAUGAAAAUCCUAUUCGUAGGGUUGCCCAUAAGUCGGAAUCGACUUGAGGGCAGUCCACUUCAUUUCAGAGCGGGGUUAUCAGCAGUCUAGGCUUAUGUACCCCCCCUGCACCAAGGGGAGGCAGAGGAGCCCUUGGUUUCAGUUUGCCAUAAGCAUUGAGGCAGAAGACUCCUGUCUACGUUGUGGAAGAACUUCCCCUGGAAGACGGGAGCAGCCCAGAGAAGUAAAGGUGCGCUAAACAACUUGGAGCUGGAAGGAACAGAAGCCUUCACCAAAGAAUGUGAAGUAACAUUACUGUAAUAAAGUUGGAUCUGCAACUGAA